AAAAUAUAUCAGUGUCGGUAGUGAGUGUGAUGUUAAAAAAAAAAGCGAAGAAAAAGGGGGGGGAAGAAUAAAUAAUAAUAAACAAAAUAAGAAGACGAGAAAAAAGAAAAGAGGAAAAAAGAAGGAAAAUAAAUACAAAAAAAAACAUAAUCACGACGACAAGGAGCCACUUGUGCGUCGUUAAAACUAAAGUGUCGAUGAUAUUAUUUCCGAGGAUGAAGAAGUUUAGUUCGUUCGGAGAGACGCGCGAUCUCGUUGCGAGAUAGAACGAUUCGAGAUUACGAGGAAAUAGAAAUCUUCUCUGGUCUAAAGAUCGUUUCUAAUACUUGGACGUGUCAUCGUACGCAAUCGUACGAAUGGAAUACCACGCGACCUCUUUACGCUCCGCGAAAUCUCACGUACAUACAUACAACAAAACAUACGUGACACGAAACGCGAUACAUUUUCUUCGCGAUGGCCGUUACGCAAUAAUCUUUUAAAGACCGACGCGUCUCAAGCGAAUUAAGAACACGGCGGAGCUUAAAGGUUCACGAGAUAAGAGGAAACUAGCGCGCGAAGAGAUAGGCUAGCGAUCUUUCUUUAUAUAUAUAUAUCUCUCUCUCUCUCUCUCUCUUUCUUUCUCUUGGGUGUGCCCUUCGCGGGAUCGAGCAACGCACGAAUCGAUCUCUACGCGAGCAACGAGCAACGAGCAACGAGCAACGAGCUAUGGAAUCUCGUCCUCGACCACCGACGUCGCGUAAUGAAAUCCCAUCCUCCACCUCCUCCUCCUUCUCCUCCUCCUACUUCUUCUCUUCUUCUUCUUCUUCUCUUCCUCUUCUUCUUGCUUCCUUCUUCUUCUUCUUCUUAUCCGUCUACUUUUGAUAUCUCUAGCUCUAUUCGCUGCAAGAAUCGUUUUCGUUUUAUUCGUCGUUACGCGUGCGCGAACCAUUGUAACGUAACAGAGCCGACACAGAGAACCGAGUUUGAUAAUUGUGUAGCGGUAAUGCAUGAUUUCCCACGUGGCACGAUGCGUGUUCGGCUAUCUUUCUCUUCUUAUUUUACAGCGAUUAUAAUACUCCGUUCUUAAUCCUUUCAUCUUUGACCUUUAUCCUUUCUCUCUCUUUUUAUUUCGUCCAUUGAACAACUCUUACUAGCUACGUACAAUGUAUCAUAAAAGAAACGAAAUUCGCAGCUGUCGAUCUUUCUCUUUUUAUUUUUCUGUUUCUUUUUCCGUUUCUGUUUCUUCUUCUUCUUCUUCUCCUUCUUCUUCUUCUUCUUCUACUCCGUCGUUCUAGCAACAGCUGCAACUGCGUUAACGUCGACAUGUGCCAGCUCAUAUCAGAACGUACGAUCGUUUUCCGAUGAAGCACGAUGUGCCACGAUAUAUACAGUCAAUGGCUUUCGUCGCGAGAACGAACGGACUUUAUCGAGAAACGUUUGUCAGAUCGUGGCUUGAAACGACACGUCGCGUGUUAAUAAACACACGCGUCAAAGAUGCGUCAACCUACUCGUUUACUUCUGACUGACGCAUGAAAACCGACUCAAAAUCGAUCCGAUCAUCGGAAAUAUCUCUCGUAACGUCGAACGUAACGUCAGUUACUUUUUUUUUCUUUUUUGCAAAGUGCAACGACCGUGAACUUGAAUAUUGAAAUACACCAUUGACUGAAUUUGGAAAAAUACGAAAUUUGAAACGAGUCCGUAUCGAAAUAGUACGGUGAACGUGGCUCGUAUAAAAAUAUCGCGUUCGGUCUGAGCAAAACUUUUUAUUACGAUAUCUUGUCGAAACUCGAUCAAUCGUUGGAAUUCCAUCGCAACGACGCGUUGUCAUCGUUGAUCGACGUUUUCUAGUUUCCCAAGAGUAAAAGACCAGAGCGAAACGACACGAAGUAGGUUACGGAAUUGGACGUUUCCGCGACAAAGAGAACUCCGAUAGCAUCAGCUUCGAAUUUCAUCGAGCGUUAGUCGAGCUCUAACUCCCGUUACGCUGAAGUUACGUUUUACGAUGGGGGUUGAGGGAGGAGGGAAAGAAAAACAAAUCGAACGUUCGAACCGUCUUCUCGCUUUCAAAGAAAAACGUGACUGGACAUUUGAAAGGUUUUUGGUUUUUACGUUGAUUUAAGAGAUAUAAAUUGAUCGAUUUGAAGGGAUAAUCCGACGUGAGAUAACCAUAUAUCGUUCCGACGAAACAUUUAUUCCAAUCGCUGGAUUAACCCUUGUUUCGCGGACGAAACGAGCAUUCCCAUCCCUUUGAGAUACUCGAUCUUAAUAAUCCCCUUAACGUAGGUGUCUCCCACCAUUUUCAAGCUCCUCUCCCAACCUUCUUCUCGUACCUUUCUCUUCUCCACGAUUCGCUGUUUUUAUCGCUAUCUGAAAACUGCGAACACUUUCUUGGAUAGGAGUAUAUCGUUUCGGAAUAAUCGUGACGAUAACCCGUUACGAGAUAAGACAAGGGGGAAUAAGAAAGGAAGGGAUAAAGACGAAUACGAUUCGCUGCUAGUUUGCAAAGGAGAAUAAUAAAAAGAGAAAGAGAGAGAGAGAGAGAUAAAAGAAAAGAAGAUAACUAGAAGUCGCGAUCUUGCUGCACGAAAGAACGUUCUUUUUAAAAUUGCAGCCAUCCACGUGGAAUAAAAUACGUAUAUAUCGAAGAUAGAAGAAGGGAUAGAUGUGUAGCGUACAGAGGGAUGGAAACAGUCGUCUACUUCGAAAUGAAACGGCCGGUUCUCUAGCGCUUCUGUCGCAAAAUCGUAGUAGUGUCGUCGUUUUGAAGAAGAGUCACGUAAUCGGAAACGAUUUACUUCCGUGUCUCUCAGUCUCGCAUCAUUCGUGUACGUGCAGAAGCGUAGAUGCAAUGGGGAAGGGGUAGUGCAACAUGUAUCGAGAAACAAAGGGGUCUGGUACACUGGGAAGCAGAGAGGUGCGCGAGGUCCGAAUAUAUGAAUAUCCAUUAACGAGCCACGAAAUAUUUAAUCGUCCGCGAAACGAGAGAUUGAAUUAUUUUACUGCGCAACUUUAAAAAAAUGUGCUCGUCUAAAUUCUUUCCUACCAUUUUAUUCUCUUUCGAAUAAUACCAUCGCGUAUUUUAUCGCAUUUUCUCUCUUUCUUUUCUUUUCUUUUUUUUUUCUUUUUCAUUCUCAAAAUUUAUAUCGUAGAUUUGUGCUCGGAGCGAGUUUAUAAGCGAAGCUGUUAUACGUAAUCGUGUACCUCAGCGAUCACCCAUUAAUCGUUUUCUCGUUCGAGCUAACUCUGGGACCCAUUUUUAUCAUCAUGGAGCCCAACCGCGUUCGGAUCGUUAAGACCCCCCUUGAGCAACCCAACUCGGAAACCAAGAGAAAGUCCAAUUCUCUAGGUCACGUUAAAACUCUAUGAAAAAUCAUCGCGAUCUGUUUGUCAGUAUUAUUAAAAUUUCAAAAUCCGACUACGGUACGUGCGUAAUAGUUGAAACUUUCGAGAAGGUUAACGUAUUCUACUUGAAGACGAGGACGGAUCGUAAGAACGACGGUUCUUCGACGGUCAUUACGAGUGUUUCUUUGAGUAAAAGAAAAAUCUCUUUGUCGAGAAAGAAAGAAAAAGAUAGAAACGAUCGCCAGGUUAGUCGUCGUAAAGUUGUUCCAUUCGAAAGAAACGGCUUCUUUCGGGGAUAAAGAAUGUGUUUGUGUAUGGGAGUUAAGUGCACCAUUUUGUAUCGGCGAAGCAAUUACGAAUAACAAAGACGAGGGAAUAACGAAAGGUGCUUCUUUAAAGUUUCUUUUAAAGCUGCUGCCGGCUUAAUUACAUCAUCGUCAAGCUGACUCGAUUCGUCGUAAUUCAUUUAAAGUGGCUGCAGUCGCUAUCAUUUUCGGGAGAGAACGCGUGAAUGAAUGAGAAAAUAAAAACCGAGUGAGAGGGAGGGGGCGAGGUUGGUAGUGGGGAAUAGAGAGAAGCAUUCGUUCCACUCGAGACUCCUCGAAUUCAUCGUGGUUGUCGAAAAAAAGAAAAAGAAAAAGAAAAGGUAAAGAGAAAAAAAGAAAGAAAGAAAAAAAAACAAAACGGACGAGAUUUCUCGUAUGGAAAAUUGCAGAAUAUUCGUUAACGAGCAGCUGGAGUCAGUGUUCGUUCUUUUGUUGACGCCGACAAUGACGAUGACGACUAGGACGAUGUCGACAAUGACAUGGAUGGUUCGUGCUCGUUGAGUCAUCGCGUAUUUCCGUGUAAUCUUUCGUUGAAAACUCGCGGGAUCGUAGAGAAAUGCGAAUAAAGCCGGCGGCGGCGGCGGCAACGACGACGACGACGACGACGACGACGACGACGACGACGACGGUGUGGUGGUGGUGAUAGUUAUGGUGGUGAUGAUGGUGGUGGCGGCGGCGGCAUGUCUGUACCGUUCGUUUGGUCGGUCGUCGCACGCCUACGCGACAUACCAACAAACUCGACUCGUACGAGUUGUUAUUCUUAGUAGCGAGGAACCGUCAUAAUACACGCUGAUAAUUGCGAGCGGCAUAAUGAGAGCGAGCAUUAAUGUCCUUCAAUUCUUUGGUAUCGCAAGCACGCUCAGCUCGUUAGAUUAAUCAGAAUACGAGAGAGACUCGACGGUUCUCUGCCCUUUUUCUUUCUUUCUCUUUUUGGUCAUAUACAGACUAAACGAGUGGGAUAGUGAGUGAGAGAGAGAGAGAGAGAGGGAAAGAGAGAAUAGAGAGAAGUCGAGCGAGAGAAAAAGAGAGAAAAGAACUGGAAGAAAUUAAGAGGCUGUCUACGAGAGAAUAUAGGAAGAAAGUAAAGAAAGAAAGAGGAUUGAGGGCUCGAACUAAAAGGAAAAUUCUUUUGGAGUCCGCGCACCUCCACCAUGCUUUGAAUCGAAGCGCCUUUCAUUCUCAUUCCCGCUUCUCCUUUCACAAGCACCGAUGCGAUGCUCUUCUUCCGUAUUACCACCUUCUUCUUGCCUAUCCGAAAAAAAAGAAGAAAAAAAAAAAAGAACGAAGACUCAUUUUUUAUAUGAAAACAAGGAUAAUAUCGGCUUCGGUUAUACAUCUUUCUUAAACUUCGUCUCGAAAUUGAUCGAGAUCGAGGAAAAAUUAUUUAAAAGAAUGGACACGUUGUCGGAUAUGCGAAGUUCGUAAAAAAAAGAAAAAGAAGAAAGAAAAUAGAAAAAGCAAGUCGACGACACGUGCGUGCUCGCGCAAUACACGUUGUAUUUUUUUUCUCUCUCUCUCUCUUUCUCUCUCUUUCUCUAUCUCUUUUCCGUUCACUGUCUACCCUUUUAACGAAGAAAAAUGGAAGAAGUCUUGGACACGCGACGUCUCGGUAACAAGGCGUGUUUUACGAGGCGCGAUUAGGACACCGCAUUUUUACGUAUUCGUGGCUCGGGCAUUCGAUGGACAUAUACAUAGGUUGUGUACGUUCGAUCGACCGAUAACGACAAAGAGAACGUUCGAAUACUGUUUAUAUUAUUCGCGUACAAAGCAAGAUCUCGAGGAGUAUAAUCGCAUUGAUUGGUUCUCCGCGAGAAAUAAAUUUCAUUCUGCUCACGAGUGAAACUCGAGAGAACCCGUUUCGUUCCGUACGCGGUUAAAGCACGCGUCAGCUUGUAACGCCGAGUAAAGAAAAGAAAAGAAAAGAAAAGAAAAGGAAAAAAGUACAAGGGCGAAUAUUUGCAAAACAUUACGUCGAUACGUACGCUGAAACGCAGACGCGAGGGAAAAUAGAACGCAAGGAAAAUUGCUCCAGCUCGCGUAUAUUUUACUCUUUUCCCUUUGUGAUGCUAAUUCUACUUAGCGAAUCCUAGAAUCGUGAACUCCCGUGGUAAAUAUUAAACGGGAUUAGCAAAAAUUAGAUAAGCGAGAAGUGCAUCGUAUCGCGGUAGUAUGUGCAUGCUGCUAAAGGAUUCGUGGAUGGUAGGAUGAUGAAAUUAAAAAAAAGAAGAAAAAAACAAAGAAAAAGAGAUGGGUCCUUUCUUCUCUGUUUCUCUCUUUCGAGGCUUCUCUCUAGACGCAAUCUAGACUCAACAGAAGAGAUAUCGUCAGACUGGCCGAGCCCGAAAGAGAACGCCUGACGCAAGAGUCUCGCGAUGAUAUCUUACGUUACCGUAAGUUUUCCUCGUUCUAAUUGGAUCUUGACGAUCGACCGAAGAGGAAUCGAAGUGGGAACUCCUUAACUUAAUCGGUCCAUGGAUCUCUCUUUGAAAAAUCGGAAAACGAGCGAUGCUAAGAGCAGUGGAAAAAUCGGAAAGAAUGAGAUUUUCCAAGAAAUAUGACCGACAGAAUAACGUAGUAUUGCUCGUGGCGGCUCUUUGACGUACGCCACGAAACGCUAAGGACUGAUAAAGAUUCGAAAAGAAGAAUAAAAAGAUAGAGAAAAAUUUGAUCUUCGAGAUAGGAGAAACUCUUUUCGUAGCGUUAUUCGGUUCUUUAUGGAUCCGUCUCGGUUCGGACACACGAUGUAAAGAAAGCAGCUGGAACAUCGAAGGAAGAGAAGGGCGCGCGAGAGAGAGAAAGAGAGAGAGAGAGAGAGAGAGAGAGAGAGAGAGAGAAAGGAAGGAAGGAAGGGAGGGGCACAAAAUGGGAGCAGCGAAAUUCGUGCUCGGUAGUGCGAUUCUCGGACUCUUUUGGAGCUGUUUGCUGAUGAAAGGUGUCCUGACGAAUUCGACGAACAGGUGCGACUAUUCGCCCUGCUCCUGCGAUCACUACGGCAGGUUGACCUGCGACUGCAAAGAGGAAGGAGAGGAAUUGAUCCUGAGCACGGAAAGCGACAGGAAGUUGAGUCCGCACACGAGCCGGAUAGUCGUGAGCAAUUGCUCGUCCGUGAUCGUAGCAAACUCGAGUUUGACGUCGAUGGCUGGUCUACGAUCAGUGGAUCUGGUGAACGUGGCAAAUCUCAGCCUAGUCCGGCAUAGCUUCAAACUUUCGCCUCGCAGCGCGCGCACAAGGAUAUCCGUGAGGAACUGCAGCAUCGACGUGCUUCCUAGUUUCGUGUUUGGUGGCGACGUGGAAGCGAUAAGCUUCGAGAACGUGAGGAUAGGUCAGUUGAGCGCAUUCGCCUUCGCGAAUCUCUUUCACACGGAUACCCUCAGGCUGGAGAAUUGUCAGAUCGAGAGUACGGAGGCGCAAUCCUUCAAGAAGUUCGACGUGGGAUACUUGCACGUGAUCGGUGGUAGUUUCGGAGAGCAAGUGCCGAGCCGUACGAUGAACGACAUAGAGGUACACCACAAGUUCAUGCUCGACGGUGUUAAAAUGGGUAUGGUUAGGAGCGAAGCAUUCAUAGUUCGGAGUCCACGUACCGUUGCGAUUCAAAACUGUCUGAUCGACGGUCUCGAGAGCGAAGCCUUUGACGUGACGGCUCGAGGAGCCGUAAUAAUAAAGAAUAACACCUUCGGUAGUCUAGCCGUGGGUGCGUUUCUCGGUAUACGAGCGGAUCCAGAAACGAGGCCACCACCGGCUUCCUCCUCUUCCGCGAAUUUACACGACCUCAUAUUUAAGAACAACAGCAUGUCUACGUUCGAGGAAGGUUCACUGAUGUUCGAUCGUUCGAGCUUUCGCCCGGAACUCGACGAUCUCUUGGUAAAACAGCCCUGCGACUGCCAGAUGUUACCCUUGUGGAGGAAUAACGUUCUAAAUUACACAAACGUAUAUUCGAGAUUCUACAUGAGGCAAAACGCAGUGAUGCCGCCGAUUUUAUCAUCCCAAGACUCGAUCGAAACACCAGAAACAUUUCUCUUCUGCGUGGACGGCCACGCGGAAGACGCGACUACAGCGAGCUUUACCGAUUACGAAGCACGACAUUGCUCUCUCGGUGGAUCGAUGCUCGUACUUAUACUCGUCAUAGUCGGCAUUCUCGCUACCCUUCUCAUCCUCGCCUGUCUGAUCGUUUGGUGUUGCAAAAGACGACGUCGGAACGAUAGAAAACGAUGGAUGAGCGUACCGACGAAUGCACCGGACGUCGUCUCGAAGAAGAAUGGCGUAAUCGGUAGAGAAACAGCCACGUCGGGUACUCCGGUAGACAGCAGGAUAACUAUGGUCGUGCCUGAUGGCAGACUUUACAGGGAAACCGAGUUUCACGUAAUCGUCGAAAAGGCCGAACCCUUGACCACGGAAUUGUAACGAGAAGCUCCGUACGACUCGACGCGUUCCACGAACGAUCGGAUUCACCAUUUCGAGGAUCAUCAAAGUAAAAUGGAACCGUCGGGCUCGUCUUCCGCCGCCGCCAACACCACCGCCACUUCCUGUCGUUUUCGAGUGUACAAGCUUUGAUACGACGUAUCGUAGAAGAAAUAAAGAGGGAAAUAACAACGAUAAAGAAGAGACGAACGUUGAGCGUGUGUGUUUGUGCGCGUAUUUCUUCUUUCUCAUCUAAACGAUCUAAGGGAAUAAAAAAAGGAAGAAGAACACGGAACGUUUUCGAUAAACGCUAUCGUACCUCCUUGCGGGUUCCUCAAACUUUUUUCACGUUUACGUACGUGUAUUAUAUGCGAUAAGGAAAAAAAAAGAUAUCUAUAUGUAUAAGUCGAUAAUGAGAUAAGCGUUCUGCGAUGAAAAAAAAAACAAACUAUAAUGUCCUUGAAGUAAUCCUACGUCUUGGAAUAACGAUCAAUGUCAAAACUCUCUAUUCACUCUUGAAUUCAUUUAGUCGAGCAUUCUCUAUUAGUACAAGACAGUUCGUAAGCUUCCAUUAACAUAUCACGAAGCACGAGUACCGAUUAUCCGAGCGUGUCCUUCUCAUUCCUUCGACCUCCUCCAUCUUAUUGUUUUCUUUCUUACUUUCUUUCUUUCUUUCUUUCUUACUUAUUUACUUACUCUGAGGCGGUCACGUUCCUCUCGGCGGUAAAGAGAUUUCCGAUUGAGGUCACGAGGACGGUUAAUCGGUCGUCGUUGCUAGUUAAGUUUAUAUCGUUAGGUAGCUUUCGAGAGACGGCUGGUUAUCUACGUACGAAGAAGACGACGUACCACAUUCAAGUUGUACGAGAAAACAGUGAGAUGAGUUUCUUCAUUUGAAAUUCCAUUCGUAGCUUUCAAAAGCAUGGAUUCGUUCCGAUGGAUGGAUGGAUGGAUGGAUAAAUGGAUGGAUGGACGGACGGACGGACGGACGGACGGAUGGAUGGAUGGAUGGAUGGAUGGAUGGAUGGAUGGAUUACCGCUAAAAUCUUUCACGAACUUAAUCUCUCGUAAUUUUUAAUUCGAUUUUUAAUUCUAAAGAAACCAGUCAGAAUUAUUAAAUGUACGAUUCACGAAGAUCCACGAACCAUCACAUACAAACACCGCCUACACAUGUAUUCUCCAUAGAAACAGAUUAACGUAGCGAAGACUCGAAAAAUAAAUUCACCUAAAUCGUUCCUCUUCCAAGAUUCAAUAACGAUAUAAACGCCGAAAUAAAAUCUCAUUUUUCAUUGAAUAAUUAAUUAGGAAACCAUAUUGAAAUCGCUUAAAUAUUCUCGAGACCAAAGACUCGAGAGAGAAGAUAAAGGAGAUAGGGAAUGUUCUACUUUUCGAAGAAUCGAUUCGAAAAACAACACUCUGAUGAGAUGCGGAUUCGCACUAGAAGAAGAUCCUAAUAAGUUCAACGAUAAAAAAUGUUGAUUCUUUAGGCUUGUAAAAGCUAUCUGAUACUUGCGCGAGAGUCCAUGCAUUAUUAAUGCGCACUCGUCCCUUUGUAAGGAUAUUUCAGAGGUAGUUUCUCUUAGCCUCGAGCGAUAUCGCGCGCAGAAAUUGGGCCUCGAAGCUUCCGAGAUUAUUGCGCGCGACGACCUUCGUCGAGUCGUUACCUUGAGCCUUGAGGAAAUCUCAAGGUAGAUACACUAUUAACGUCAGUUGCGAGCGUGAACAGUGCUGCAACUUGGAGUACGUGCGCGCGCGUACUCGUUAGAACCUAUGCGAGUAUACGUCUAGCGAUUAUCGCUUUUUGGCGAGAAUUAAGUUUUCUAAUGACCGUUUAGUUGUAAUUAUCGUGAAACUGUGAUAUACCGACAGCUGACUAUGUAAUUUGUUUUACAUCGAACGACGUAUGAUCGACGAUGAAGAAUAAAGAUCACGCUAAAUACCUAA